GAAUAGUCACAACAAUCACAGAAAGCGCCGCCGGUUCUCCGGCUGCGAGGAUGCCCCUGUGGUAGUUGCCCAUGAUCCUUCCUCUGCAUCUGCCGUCUGCUCGCCGCUGGGGCGCUACUAUAACUAUACUGAGACAGAGUUACAAAUACUUGAACAUGCCGCCUCAAUCAUCAACUGUCAAGUUUCAGACAUUACUGCUUUGGACAGAAACCCUCAUCGUCACCAACCUGUAGACUACCGCCCUCAAAAGAGGUUGCGUGUCGAUACAAACAUAUCGCCAAUGUUGGCGGAGGAGAAACCACACACCGGAUUCCCGGCUAGUGGACAUGUUGAGAGUUCACCAAGAAAUAAUGAUGGGGAUGCCACCUUCUCUCUGGGGAUUGGACGUUCCAGGCUGGCGUCUUGUUUGGCGUCUUUCUGUUCACCUUGCACAGCCUCUGAGCCACCAGGUUCGUACCAGACCCUAUUGAAUGUCCUGGGCCGCAAUUAACUGUCUAGAAGGCUAUUCAGGGAUUUCAACCACAGAGUAUGGCUUUGAAGAUAAACCAUCCUCUCUCAAUGGUGUUGUGACCUCUAGUCCAAGCCAGUCAUGGAGCAUGUCACAAACUACAGCCAACAACUUUGCUUAUGAUGAUUCCCCAAAUACACGUUUUCUGCCAGAGUACCUUGCUCUUCAGCCGACUCUGGCACAACCUAGUACUAGAAAUGAAGAAAUGACGUAUCAAGUGUCCUCACCAGAUCACAAAUUACCCAUCCAUCGUAUUAUACGAACAGACUCUCACGUGAUGGAAGGGCACGAGUUUGGGUAUCAUCAAGCACCCUAUGUAAGUCCCCGAGGUGACGCUAUCCGUUAUAGCUCAGCUGGGUACCCACCUCCCAAUGCUGAAGCGCACUUGACACACAACUCGGCCGAUUUAGACGUUGUCUCAAAUCACCAAAGACCACCGCCUGCCAAGCGGGGACCCUUCAAAAGCACAGCUGAGCGGGAGAGGACAGCUGAGACACGAAAAAUUGGUUCUUGCAUCCGUUGUAGGAUGCAAAGGAUUCGGUGCGAAAUCAACCCAGACGACAAAGUAGGGACAUGCUUGACUUGCUCUAGGGUGACGACUACGAAAUCAUACCGCUUGCCUUGCCUUCGCUACAAAAUCACGGACGUGAGACUCUUCAAGCCAGGCAACGUCAAGGGACAUGAAUGGACUCGGCGGUGGACCGAAGGGAUUGCAGAUGAUAUCUCAAAUUGGGCGUCCGUGGAGACUAGGACGGUAUGCGUGACAGAGGGCUAUGGAUCACGCCCGGUUAAGUUGCGUGUCCGCCAGUUCAUCCCUCAGGAAGGUGAUAAGCUCGAAAGGACCUGGAUGCACCAGGGAAACCAAAGGAGCGUCCAAAUCCCACCAUACGCUAUUGUCAAUCUUGAUGAGGCGAAAUCCAUUUACACAAACUUUAUCAACGAUGAACUCAAGGAGUGCUGCCGCCGUGUCGUCAUCGGCAAAGACAAACUCAUAGGUGGUACCUAUGGUUUGGCUUUGAAGGUGAUGAUGGACGUGUCGACUGAUCAGAAGGAGAGGGACCUGUUGAGCAAGGCAUUUCGGUUAUGGAUGGCAAUUCGAAUGACGACGAAGUCGACACUCAUUGUUGGGCGAGAGCGCCUCGGCAUGAAACCAGACAUUAUGGACGAAACGAGCCCGAUGCGUGGACAAAUUCCAUUACCGCCAGUGAUGGGAGCGCAAAUCGAAUUAGUCCUAAUCCAUCAGCUGCAGACGAAAUGGAGAAGAGAAAUGCUCGAUCAACUGCAAAAUAUGACGCAGGCGAAUAACCAUUCGACGUGGUUGACGAUAUAUCUGGUAACGUUCAUACUAUUGCACAAUGUUUCGCUUCUGUGCCAGCACGAUGCGGCAUAUGCUCAAAAGCAUGGCAUCAGGCGGCCUGAUGGAACGAAGGUGACAUUUGCUCGGGAGGACAUGGUUAAGGAAUACCAAUUAGGUGCCAAUAUCUUGCUUGCGUAUUUCCACUACUGCAAUAAAGGCAUACAUCCUUUCUCCGUGGAUUGUACAGAACAGGAUCUCAGCACACUAGCCAAGUUGGACGCAGGAAAAAUCAAAUUCAUCCAUCAAACAAGGGCGAUUAUCCGUGAACAAAGUGAGUACUGUACUUACUCAGGUCUCGAAGCGGGCGUUUGGCCAGUCCACCCAAUUCCUCCAUGAAUGCCGCAUACAGUAGCUGUUUUGGCUGACCCACCUUUCUGCAGAAAAACGUUGGCAGAAUAUCCGC